AUGGCUGUGGCACAAAUGUUGAAUCUUUACGGCUACCCUCAGCUGAAUAACUACCUAAAGAAGGUUCAUUACAAAGACAGCACCGGAAGUGAAAUUUUUUUUGAUGAAAAAGGAGAACUUCCAGUAAAUUAUGAUAUUAUUAAUCAGAUAAUACUACUUGAUGGAAAACAAAAAGAGAAAAUCCUGAAUCGGGUGGGCAUGUUUGAUCCAUCACUUCCAGAUAACCAGCAAAUUUAUAUUGAGGUCUGGAACAUAACUUGGAAAAAUAACAGGAUGCCUCGAUUGAGGUGCACAGAAAUGUGUCAUCCAGGAUUCAGAAAAGCACUAAGGGAAGGAUAUCACAUCUGCUGCUAUGACUGUAUCCCAUGUUCAGAAGGAGAAUUUUCCAAUGUAUCAGACAGUGAAGACUGCUUCAAGUGCCCUGAAAAUGAAUGGCCUGACCAACAAAAAACCAAGUGUAUUCCAAAAAUACUGGAGUUUCUAUCCUACGAAACGGACAUUUUAGCUUUAGUACUUUGUGUUACUUCUGUAUUCUCAGUUCUAAUUACUACUGUUAUAGUUGUCAUAUUUUUCUUAUUCCGAGACACCCCCAUUGUUAAAGCAAAUAAUCGGAAUCUGAGCUUUGUCCUCUUGGUCUCCCUCAAACUGAGCUUCCUCUGCGUGUUUUUGUUCAUUGGUCGCCCGUUGGAUAUAACCUGCAUGAUACGUCAUAUUUCCUUUGGAACAACCUUUUCCGUAGCUCUGUCUUGUGUGUUGGCCAAGACCAUCAUGGUUUGUAUCGCCUUCAAAGCCACAAAACCUGGCAGCACCUGGAAAAAUUGGGUGGGACUGAAGCUGUCCAAUGCUGUUGUCUUGGUCGGCUCCUCUGGUCAGGUUCUGAUCAGUGUCAUUUGGUUGUUACUCUCUCCUCCCUUUCAAGAGCUAGACAUGCACACAUUCACUGGGAAAAUCAUUGUUCAAUGUAAUGAAGGCUCUGUCCUGGCCUUUUUCUGUAUGUUGGGUUACAUGGGGCUUCUGGCAGCUGUGAGUUUUGUUCUAGCUUUCAUGGUACGGACAUUGCCAGACAACUUUAAUGAAGCCAAACACAUCACAUUCAGCAUGCUGGUGUUCUGCAGUGUGUGGGUCUGUGCUAUACCGGCCUAUCUGAGCAGCAAGGGAAAAAACAUGGUGGCUGUAGAGAUAUUUGCUACCUUGGCUUCAAUUCUUGGAAUUGUAAGCUGUAUAUACCUCCCAAAAUGUUAUGUUAUUCUUUUUAAAGCUGAACUUAACACUAAACGACAUAUUUUAGGUAAAACCUUUUCAUAA